AUGGAGCCUUUUCCCUUCCUGGCCACAGUGUCACCUAAAGCUGUAGCCGGUACCAAAGUAUACAAGCUCUUGGCUAAGGAUGAAGAUGAAGAAGAGAAUGGAGCCAUUGAGUAUUUUCUUUUGGAAGGUGGAGAAGAUAGAUUUGAAGUUGAAAGGGACAGCGGCUGGGUUAAAACUACAGGUUCGCCUCUGGAGAAGGAGAAGGAAUAUUUACUUACUGUCCUAGCUGCUGACAAACCUGGCCGCCAAGGGCCACCUGUCUCUAUUUCUGUCCUUGUUGGACGUCGACCACCGCAGUUUGCCAAUAUGUCAUACACAGUUUAUGUUCCUGAAAACACGCCCCCAGGAAAAUCAUUUUUGACAGUCCGUGCUUUGUCUCAUCAAAACAAGUCCCUGAGUUACAGUCUUGUCACCAAUCCGAACGGCCUGUUUAGCAUUAGCCCAGCCACUGGAGACGUCCACUUCAGUCGCAGUAUGGAUUAUGAGAAUGAUCAGCACCAAUAUCUCCUUCUAGUCCAAGCAAGAGAAAACCAGGGGCAUCUCAGUAGUACAGUUGAGGUUUGGGUUGUAAUUACAGACAUAAAUGAUUGUGCUCCAGAAUUCCAGCAGUCUAUCUACACCAAAGAUGACGUUCCUGAAACAGUGACUGUAACCACUGCACUUCUACAAGUGUCUGCCAGCGACUGCGAUUCUGACAAAAAUGCAGAAAUACUUUAUUACACUCUGAGCUCCGAUUUCAGCAUUUCUACCCAUGGCAUCAUCUUCCCAGCGACAGAGUUGGACUAUGAGCGCCCUAACCAUCUUUAUGAGUUUGUAAUUAUGGCUAUAGAUAGAGGCGAACCCCCGAGGACUGGGACAGCAACCAUCAGGAUUCGUGUCUCAAAUGUCAAUGACGAAGCGCCCAGGUUUUCACAGAUAAUCUACAAGAGUUUUGUUUCCGAAGAUGCGGGUCCCAACACCUUGAUCGCCACUGUUCAUGCUAUAGACCCUGACGGAGAUGGUGUCUCUUACAGCAUUACUGGAGGAAAUCGAAAAGGAAACUUUGUUAUCGACCCUCAGAAAGGCUUAAUCCGCCUCCGCUCAAGCCCACCCCCUAAGCUUCAAGGGCCAGAGUACGUACUUAAUGUUACAGCUACCGAUGACAACAUCUCUGGGGGACCGCGCUCCCUUUCUAGCACCGCUUUGGUUAUUGUGCACGUUGAUGAUGUCAACAAUAACAAGCCAGUGUUUCAGAAGUGUCAGCAUUACCGAGAACAUGCUUCUGUGUUAGAGAACCAGCCUGUGGGAACGUCUGUGUUACAAGUAGAGGCGACAGACGCAGAUGAAGGCCCCAACGGCAGGGUGAAAUACGGCUUGAUGCACAGAGAUGGUGCCCUUCCUUCAUUUAACAUUCACCCCGACACAGGCCUCUUGACGACGCUUCAGAUAUUUGAUCGAGAAAAGCAGCGAGAAUAUCCUAUCACCGUGACAGCCACAGACCAGGCCGCAGAACCUCUCAUUGGGAUUUGCCAGAUCAACGUUGUCAUCGUGGACGUGAACGAUAACAGCCCCCGGUUUGAAAACACCCACUAUGAAUAUUUCCUGAGAGAGGACACAGCCGUUGGGACGAGCUUCCUUCGUGUCGCAGCCCACGACGACGACUAUGGCUUGAACGCUGCCAUUACGUAUUCUGCAGCUGGUGGGAAAAUGAAAUACUUCCAGGUUAAUCCUACCACUGGCUGGGUUUAUGUAAGCCAGCCCAUAUCGCAGAAGUCUUUCAUAACUGAAGAAAUCAUAGCAACGGACGGAGGGAACAGGAGCAGUAAGGCUGAGGUUAGAAUUACAGUCACCAGUACAAUAAACCAACCCCCUCGGUGGGAAAAGGACACUUAUGAAGUUGUCAUUCCUGAGAACACAACAAGAGAUACCUCCAUUGUGACCAUUAAAGCAACAUCUCUCCUUGGCGACCCACGAAUAACUUACAAUCUAGAAGAGGGACUCGUUCCAGAGACCAACAUGCCAGUCAGAUUCUACUUGACUCCAAACAGAGAGGAUGGCUCUGCAUCUAUCCUUGUAGCCGAACCUUUGGAUUAUGAAACGACCAAGACCUUUUUGUUGAAAGUUCGGGCCCAGAACGUUGCCGCAGCUCCCCUAGCGGCAUUCACAACCGUGUACAUUAACGUGACAGAUGUCAACGACAACGUCCCCUUCUUCACCUCCUCAAUUUACGAAGCCUCGGUUACAGAAGGAGCAGAGAUUGGAACUUCAGUUCUGCAGGUUUCUGCCACUGACCUUGACCUUGGUCCAAAUGGCAAGAUCACUUAUUCUUUGCUACCCGAUCGCAAUGGGGACUAUACGUUUUUCCGCUUGGACCCUACUACGGGUUCAAUCUAUACUACCUCUGUGUUUGAUAGGGAAAAGAAAGCGUCAUACCUCUUAGAAGUCAAAUCAACCGAUGGCUCGGAAUCAGCUCGUCCUGGAAAGCAUGGGCAGCCGAAUUCUGACACGGCCUACGUGCGUGUUUUUAUCAGUGACGUGAACGACAACAAACCUGUCUUUACCCAGAGCGUCUACGAAGUUAAUGUAGAUGAAGACCGAGACGUGGGAUCGACUGUCAUUACCGUUGGUGCUAAUGAUGAAGACGAAGGUGCCAAUGCAAAAUUAAGAUACCAGAUAACAGCGGGGAACGCUGGAGGAGUGUUUGAUGUCAAGCCAGAAACAGGAGUCAUCUUCAUUGCCCAGCCGCUGGAUUAUGAAGAACUGCAGCUGUAUGAACUCCACCUCUUGGCUUCUGAUGGGAAGUGGGAGGAUUAUGCCAUUGUGAUCGUUAACAUUGUGAACAAAAACGAUGAAGCGCCUGUUUUUGGUCUUAAUGAGUAUUACGGAAGUGUGAUCGAGGAACUAGACGGUCUCCCGGUCUUUGUCCUUCAGGUUGCAGCAAACGAUCCUGAUAGUAGCCUGGAUGGAGGCGACAUAAGAUACUCAUUACAUGGACACGGAGCAGACGAUGUCUUUGCAAUAGAUGAGAACACUGGCAGCAUCUAUUCCCAGAAGAUGUUAGAUCGGGAAGAGAGAGCCCUUUGGAGAUUUGUCGUGUUGGCAACUGAUGAAGGAGGAGAAGGUCUUACUGGAUUUGCAGAUGUGGUUAUAAAUGUCUGGGAUAUAAAUGAUAAUACCCCGAUGUUCACUUGUAUGCCCAGUGAUUGCAAUGGGAGUGUCUUUGAGAAUUCCCCUGACAAUACUUUGGUCAUGGAGAUGACAGCUAUCGACCUGGAUGACUCCAAUGUAGGUCUCAACGCCAUCCUGACUUACCGUCUACUUGAGAAUGUGAAAAACGAGCUCGGUGAAGACUUGUUUGAAGUCAACUCUGCAACUGGCAACAUAUAUGUAGCGGGAGGAAUGUUGGACAGGGAGAAGGCCGAGAAAUAUUUCCUUACUGUUGAAGCCAAAGAUGGAGGAGGUCUGGCUGGAACGGGUACCGCCACCAUCUGGGUUGCGGAUGUAAACGAUCACAUCCCUAGUUUCACACAGGAUAUUUGGCAUGCCAUAAUCCCCGAAACCAGUGCUGUUGACUCGGAGGUUCUGGAAGUGGUGGCAGCCGAUGGGGACAGUGGGGAAAAUGCUGACUUAACAUUCAGUAUUAUCGGGGGAGAUCCAGAACAGAAAUUUUACAUUGAAAGCCGUAAAGGAGACCAGCGUGCGAGUAUCAGGCUGAAAAAGAGUCUGGAUUACGAGCAGCCCCAUGAAAGACGUUAUAACCUCACAAUCAAAGUGGAGGACCUGGAUUUUUACAGUGUUGCCUUUUGCUUGAUCGAAGUUGAAGACUGCAAUGACCACAGUCCCGUUUUCAGCUCUCAGUUUGUCCAGUUGAGCCCUUUCUUUGAAAACAUACCCGUGGGCACUACCAUCGCCACAGUAACAGCGGUCGAUGAGGAUUCAGGGUCAAAUGGAAACAUUCAGUAUUCCAUCAAGUUGGAUUCAGAUCCCACUGGGGAGUUUGCAGUAGACCAAAACGGUCAUGUGACGGUGGCAAAAGUAUUGGAUCGGGAGGUCACCCAGGAAUAUAGUUUAAUUGUACAGGCCUCCGAUCAGGGUCUUCCUGCCCAAACCGGAAGUGUUACAAUAUUGAUUGACUUACUAGAUGUUAAUGACAAUGGUCCAGGGUUUGAGGCAUUGUACAUGCCUGUGGUCUGGGAAAAUACACCGGGACCUCAGCUGGUGAAUAUGACCCCUGUAUCUAGCUUGAUUUGGGCUUUUGAUCCGGACAGUGCCGACAAUGGGUCACCAUUUAUGUUUUCCGUGCCGCCAGAUUAUCAGCACACUUUGGAUUUCUCUGUGACUGACAAUGGAAAUGAUACAGCAACGGUUACUGCUCUGAGGUCCUUUGAUAGAGAGAAGCAGAAGGUUUUCUAUCUGCCCAUUAUUAUAACUGAUAGCGGGAGUCCGUCAGUGAGCUCUACAAACACGUUGACUAUCACUAUCGGUGAUGAAAACGACAACAGUCAUGAAGCUGGCCAUAAGGAAAUCCUUGUUUACAUGCACAGAGGAAAAUGGUCAACAACAGUGCUUGGGGAAGUGUUUGCACCGGACCCGGAUGACUGGGACAAUAAAACAUUUGUCUCUGAAGGAAAAAUGCACAAAUCUUUCAGGCUGAAUCAAAGGACUGGCUCUCUGGUAAUGGUGGAUAAUGCUCCUCAGGGAACAUAUGAGAUGAAAAUCAGGGUGUCAGAUGGAAUCUGGCCUGACGUUACGGCAACUGUGCAGAUACAUGUCAAAGAGCUGGGGAAUGAAGCCAUUCGGAAUUCAGCCACGGUACGCCUGGCAGACAUGACUGCAGAAGAGUUCAUCAGGAAAGACGAGCUUGAAGAAAGCAGACGCGACAAGCUGAAGGACCUGCUAGCCGGAAUCCUCUCGGUCCCUCGUGAUGACGUCCUUGUAUUUAGUGUGAUGGAUGUGGAUGGGAGACAGACAGACGUGCGGCUGGCUGUUCAUGAUGGGUCUUCCUAUUACAGGCCAGAGAAACUGCACGGCCAGAUGGCUGCUUUUAAAAAUAAGAUCCAGUUGGCUUUAGGAGUCAACAUCUCUCAGAUUGAUGUGGAUGAAUGCCACAAGACAGACUGUAGCGGGAGCGGCGGCUGUGCCAACUACAUCACGGUGAGUGACAUCCCCACAGUGACGGACGCAGGAAGUGUCUCGCUUGUCUCCAUGACAACCAGCGUCCACGCUAUCUGCACGUGCGCAGCCAGAGAGAGAGUUCAUCGGUCGUGUAGCUCCUACGCCCACAGCCCUUGUCUCAACGGAGGGACUUGCAUUGACAUGCUGCACGGUUACAGGUGCCAGUGUUUGACUUCAUUCCACGGACCGGAUUGCCAGCAGACUAAACACAGUUUCCAUGGAAAUGGCUAUGCGUGGUUCCGUCCCAUCAGGCCUUGUUUUGAGAACUUCCUCGCCCUGGAGUUUGUUACCGAUGUUCCAAAUGGGCUUCUGCUGUACAAUGGUCCUUUGUCAGAGAUAGGGCCUGGGAAUUCAGAGCACUUCAUUGCAAUAGAAGUUUCCUGUGGCAUUCCAGUCCUGAAAUUAAACUAUGGCUUGGGCCCGGUGGAGUUGCAUCUGCCUAGCUAUGUGAAUGUUUCAGACAAGAAGUGGCAUCGCCUUGAAGUGAGAAGCAGCAGGCAGGGUGUUCGAUUCACUUUGGACCAGUGCAAGGCUGCGAUUGUGUCAGAGGUGGAAGGUGUGGGGGAGUGGCUGUCGACAGAAGACCGAACAAACUGUGAGGUUGUGGGGUUCGUCCCACAAGCAAAUAGGUACUUGAACCUGAACCAGGUUCUCCAGUUGGGCGGUGUGAAAGAAUCGAUUCCCUACGUGUACCCCCAGUUGCAGCAUAAGCAUUUUACCGGCUGCAUUCGCAAUCUCAUUCUGGAUACUCAGGUGUAUGACCUUGAAUCUCCAGCAGAAUCUCUGAAUAGUUCACCUGGCUGCGCCUGGACAGAUGGCAGCUGUGAGAAGGAGGGCUCCUCUCCCUGUGGAGCUCAUGGCCGAUGCCUCAGCGACUGGGGCUCGUUUACCUGUCUUUGCUUGCCAGGGCACUAUGGCCACAGGUGUGACAAAGUUGCUGAGGAAUAUUCCUUUGGGCCGGGCAGUUACAUUCGUUACCAGCUUCCUGUCGCCAUACCUGCUCGCCAAACCCUGGCCGAGGCGAUGGUGAGGAUGCGACAGCCCAACGGGAUCAUUAUGAGCAUGUCUUCCCAGAACAAGGAUGAACACAUCACCCUGCAGGUGGUCCAGGGAUUGUUAACGGUAUCUUAUAACCUGGGAGAUGGCGUGGUUGCCGUUAGCCUGCCUUCCUACCGACUUGAUAACGGUGAGUGGCAUCAUGUCUCCCUGGAGAGAAAUGAAAAUGAGUUCAUUCUUCGCCUGGAUGGAGGAGGCGGGAAGAGAGAAAUCCUGAAGGCAGAAGGCAUUUACAAAGAGAUCAGCGUUGACCCUAGCAGCUUGGUGGUUGGCAAUACGUAUCCUGUCAGCCAGAACCACAGCUUCCAAGGAUGCAUGAAGGAUGUCAGAUUCAAUAACUAUGAGCUGCUGCUAGACGCUUACCCUAAGGAGCUGGUAUUGAGUGCCCAAGGAGUGGAAAAAGACUGCCUUUCAGAUGCUUGCAAGAGCAAUCCCUGCAGCCAGCAGUUUAUAUGUAUUGACUUGUGGAUGAUGUAUGAGUGCAGUUGCCCUCCAGGACACAUGUUGGUGGAGAAUGCCACAGGCCGGCACUGCAUUUACACCGCGUGUGCUCAGAGACCCUGCAAUUUUGGCACGUGCGUCUCCCAGUCCGCAAGCAAGUUCCGGUGCCACUGCCCCGAUGGCUACGCCGGCCGCAACUGUGAAAUCACGCUGGCGAUCUUCACCAAGGAUGCUGGGCUGAGCUUCAGCUCCAUGUUCGCCAUCUGCAUUUGCUUUCUGGCCCUCCUAGUUCUGUUCAGUGGUGUUUUCCUGUGGACUCGAUGGAAGAGCCACAAAAGUACGAAUGGGGGAGUCUACCACGUCACCACCAGUCAGGAUGACUUAGAGGACAUCCGAGAGAACAUCCUCAACUAUAAUGAAGAAGGGGGUGGAGAGCAAGAUCAGGAUGCCUAUAACAUGGCCGAGCUCCAGAUGUCUCUACAAACCAGCCCAGCCUACUCCCUCUAUAAGAAGAGAGGGAAGCGGACAGAUCUGGACAGUCCCUUGGGCUGCGAGUUCUCCCUCAAUCCAAAAGAGCCGCUGGAGGCUCCUGCGGCAGGGAAGGGAGACUCCUUCUCAAGCACAGACUUUGGGUGCUACUUACUGAGCGUUGUCAGAAAUGUCGACCAGCAGCACCAGGCUCUCCCCUGUGAUUCUCUGCAAGUAUUUUACACUGAAGGGGAGUGUUCGGAGGCCAGCAGUUUGAGUUCCCUGGGGUCCUGUGGCUGGGAUGAAGAUGCAGUGUACGGGGAUAUGAAAGAGUGGGGGCCAAAGUUUGAAAAACUAAGUGAACUCUAUUUGCAUGCGGAUCCUGAUGAUGUCUAG